AUGUUGGUUCAUGGGAUGGUACACAUAGAAUUUCAAAACCACCACAACCAAAACGAACCGGAAGAUCCAUACGAAUUAAACGGAUCCCGGAAGGAUAAAUCAUGGAAAUGUAAAGGGUGGGUAAGGCACCGAGUUAGAGUCCGGGUCGGGGUUUUUGCCAUAAAUGGACGAGAGGAGGUCCCGGAAGUACACGCUAUGUGGGGCAUCGAUGAUCGUUUCCACGUGCUCGUUCUCGUUAAUUUAUGGGUCGAAUGUCAAUCGUUGACUCACGCUAAUGGUUUUCUUUGUUGCAGUCACGUGACAAAAACGGCUGGUUGGCUUCCACCGGUUGAAGCAUGGAAAAACGGCGAAGACUUAUUACCUUACGGUUGGGAAAGGGCGGUAGAUGACUCGGGAAGACCCUACUAUAUCAAUCAUGUAAACAAAACGACCACAUAUGAAACGCCGGCUGUUCGUAAUUUGGAACCAACUGUGGAACCUGAACCGAGAUGUGUUGUUUUGGAACGUUCCCCUGCUUUGGGAUUCGGUUUCGUUGCUGGUUCAGAAAAACCUGUGAUAGUAAGGUUCGUUACUGAAGGAGGACCAAGUGUAGAUAAGUUACUUCCUGGUGAUCAAAUUUGGGAGGUAAACGGUGAAGAUGUAAAAAAGGCUCCUCGAGAACAUGUUAUCCAACUAGUUCGAGCUUGUUCAUCGACGGUAAAAUUAGUAGUAUGCCAACCGCCUGAACAACACGGUGCUAGAAAAUCUACUUUACUCUCAGCAAGCAAACGAGCCCGUUUAAAAUCGAAACCGUCACGAGUUCGUUUCGCGGAAAGCGUUUGCGUUAAUGGGGCCCCUUUGUUUCCGCCAUCCGCGUUUUCAUUGGGAGACCUUUGUGUUCCGCCCAUGGCGAACGUUUUAAAAGUAUUCCUCGAAAAUGGUCAAACCAAAUCGUUCAAAUACGACGCUUGGACAACUGUACAUGAUGUUGUAACUUCCCUCCAAACGAAAUUAUGUUUAACCGCCACAGAACACUUUAGUCUGGUUGUUGAACAUAUUAAAUCGUUAAAAAGAAAUAAAUUAACUUUACUUGAUCCAAGUGAUUCUUUAGCAAGGAUAGCGUCUAGACCGGGAGCACACAAAUUACGAUGUUUAUACCGAAUAGCUUUCGUUCCAACAUCCGCCGCUGAUUUAGCGCAACAAGACUUGGCGGCGCUCGAUUAUUUAUUCACGCAAUGUUGUAAUGAUGUCAUCCAGGAACGUUUCGCGCCCGAACUUCACUAUGAUACCGCUUUACGUUUAGCCGCGUUGCAUAUUUAUCAACAUGCAUUAGCUAAUAAUAUGGCAGCGUCUAAACUCAACGUUAAAAUAGUCGAAAGAGAAUUCGGGUUGGAGAGAUUCGUACCGGCUUCGUUACUUGAAAAGAUGAAACGAAAAGAAGUGAAAAAAGUGGUUGGACACUUUUUAAAGUUACAUUCCAAUAUGGCGGGUUCCGGGAAACAUUUAACGCCGUUACAAGCGAAAUUACAUUAUUUGGAUAUUGUUAGUCAACUUCCGAGUUAUGGGGCCAAAUGUUUUUCGGCCGGACCUAAAGCUGACACGAUGGAAAGGGUGAUUUUAGUCAGUCCAAAAUUUGGGAUUAGUCAAAUUACUGGAACGAGAAAUUCAGUGGUAAGUAGUAAUAAUAAUAAUAAUCUUUAUUACCCACAGCCCACACCAAUAGCUAAUAUAGAAGAUAUGAAAUGUUGCGAAGUUCGUUCAGAGGAUGAAGUAUUCCGUUCGGUUCUAAUCCGAUUAAAAAACGACCAAACAAUACAAAUCUCUUUAGAAGAAAGAGACGCAAACGAGUUAGUUUUAGUUUUAAAAGGUUAUUAUCGGUUAUUAACCGGCGAGCAAUUAAACGUUGAAAAAGAACAAACACCACCAAUCGAAGAUUUAGCCCCACCGUAUUUGGCCCAGCACAAAAUUAUACCGGAAAAGUGGAGUUACAUCAAUCAAAAUCAAAUGAGAACGAUGUGUUUUGCGUCAUCGCCGCAUUAUCAAACGAUUAAUAAGAAAACUAAUGGGCUUUAUAACACGAUGGGACGUAGUAAUAAACAUUUAAGUAACAUUGGAUUGAGUUUAGAUAAUAAUAUGAAUAGUAAUAUUUCCAAUCGGAAUCAUUGUGGUAAUAAAGAAUCUUGUAAAAGUUCUUUAAGCGGAAAUAGUUACGAUUUACACAGCGUCGUUUCGAUGGAAAUUUUAGAAAGCGGGGUUUUACACGAAGCCAAAAACGAAGAGAUUAUUAAGAGGGUGCAAGAAAUGCAACAAUUAGUUGAAAACUCCGAAAAAUAUUUAACUGAACAAGAACAAUUGGAACGAUUAAAUUUUUCAGCUGAAUGGCAAGAAAGUAGUGUUGAUAUCGAAAGCGAUACGGAUAGCAUUUUUGAUGAGGGUACAUUAAAACAUAGCGAUUCUUUGUUAUUAUUAACAAAAGGGUGCACCGAAAAUAACAAAAUCUUCACAAACGCAGCAAUUGAGAUGUUAAGAUCGGAAUUAAACGCGUCAGAAAGUGAUAACGACUCGCUUUACACUCCAAAUAAUUCACCAAAACAUAAAAAUCUUCCAAUGAUUAAUAAUAAUUCAAAAAAAAUUUCGAGGAUUAGUUUCGGGUUACAUAGCCCAGAUAAUCCAAUUGGUGAUUCUCAAGACUUAAAAACAUAUUUACUCCAAUUAAAAGAAAAAACGACAAGUGAUGAACAAGAUAUCGAAGAUAACAUAUCAGAUUUGUACGUUUUCGAUCCUGACAUAAUCGAUUUAACGUUUUUACCGCCCCCAGCGACUCCAGAUGAAUUAGAUUCAAUCGACAUCCAAGAUACAACAACAAUCAACAUCCCACCCAGUUCUUUCGCGGAUUCCGUCGAAAAACUCAAUAAAUUAGGGGUAUUGCAUGAAAAUCUCGAUCUAGAAGAAUUUUUAGCAAGCGUAACCGUUCCACCUCCAACCCAAAAAGUCACCCCAGCUGUUGAAUUAACCCCCGAAGAAAUUAUGAGUUACAUCAUCCCGCCACCCCCAUUAUCAAAAAACAGUAUCGAAAACUUAACCUUAUCAAGUAAUUACGACACCCCACCACGUCGAAGAAACAGUAUUUCGUCAUCAAAUGAAAAUGUUAUCGAAUACGCAACUGUUGAUAGAAAAGGCGCGUUUUCUUGUUGCUCAAAAACGAAAGAAAAAAAUAUCGAAAAUAAAGAUAUUCAACCGCCACCGAGACGAUCAUCGAACGAAACUCCACCUGCUCGGCCGCCAAAAAAUAUAAACUCCCAAGAACGUCAAAGAAGUCAUUCGCUAACUUCUCAUCUUCCGAAAGAAAUUAGUUUCAGUAAAGCUCCGUUUAGCGAAACAACUUUCGGCGAUGACUCCCCGCCGAAAUUACCUCCGAAAGGUGAAAUAAAUUCUCAAGCGCCGCCGCAUUUAUUUUUGCCGCCGAAGAAACCGCCGCUUCCCCCGGUUCCACCUUUGGAAACUAUCAGAAGUCGGAAAGGAGCUGCUCCACCACCUAAAACUGAAGGUAGGACAGCUGGAAUUGGAUCACCCCAUUUACAAAGAAAUAGAAACGUUUAUAAUGAUAUAGAAAGUAAGUUUGGUGAGGAUAAAACUAGAUUGAAUCAUUGUAGUACUGCUGUUAGUACUCCAACAUCGCCAUAUUUAGGUAGAGGAGCACAAAUGACGGUAGCACCACCUCCUUUAGACUCCCCCGAGUAUAACAACGAAAUUCCGACUCCACCUCCACCACCAACAUGUAGCAUGCAUCACGCUAGAAGUUUAUCCGAUUCCCGAAUGCCAUCCCCCAGAUCAUUCUGUAAAAGCCCCAGAUGUAAAGACAAAUUCGAGCACGCCAAGCAACUUCUUAACGGAACUCCCUCGAAUUCACCUGUUAAAAACGGAUGCGUUUCAAACCGAGAAAAUUUGCUCAGCAAAACAGAUGUUGCCAUGGCUAGUUUGUUGGUGAGAUUAGAUCAAGUUGCUGCUCAGUGUAAUGCGGCUCAAAUACAUGGAGGUGGUAAAUAUAUGUGUGAAGAAAAGUUUCAGAUUGCUAAAGAUGAAUUAACAACGCAAUCAUUACAAUUGGUCCAUUCGAGUAAAAUGUUGGUGAUAGCGAUGUCAAAUCCAAAUUUACCGGAUUUACCCGAGAAUUUAGCGGUUUGUUUGACAAUACUAAGAAGAUUAACGGAAUUGUGUCAGGAUUUGUCAAAUCACACAACUGCGCCAUUGCAAACACGUAAUUUAAUACUGAAAGUUCACGAUGUAACCUCGGCUUUCCGCCAUUUGAUAUCGUCGAACAUCGAUCGAUCAUCACAAAGUAAAAUUGAAGAACACCUCGCGGCCGAAGCUGAAAGUUUAGCUAACGUAUUAACGACUCUUUUAAGAAGUUUAAGGGUUUUCUCACCAUAAUAUAAAAAAGUUACCGGGUUUUAAGUUUUAA